UUAAAAUUUCAUUUUAUAAUUUUUUUAAUAAAAUUAUUUGUUUAUUUAUUUAUUUAUGCAACAAUAUUGAUGUCAACAACGUAUAAUUAUAUUUAUUACUUCUGGAAUAUCCUUGAAUGUGCAAUAAUUUAAUAAUUAUUGUUAAUUGUUUAUUGAAUCGAUUGUUGUUAAUAAAAAUGCAAUGGUACUUUGAACACUGACAUGCGCAGAACAAGUACGUGCGUAAUUAGUUAACCUGGAUUCAUGAGUUGGUCAUGAGUUGGUUAUAACAAAUAAAAACAGAUGAUUUUUAUGUCUGGAGACAUUAAUAUUAAUAAUUUAUUCGGUUUUUUGCUUGUCUGGAGUUUAUUUUAAUGUUUGACGUUUUGCUUUGUUUGGUUAUGUAAUUUUGGUUGCCUAGAGUAUUUUUAUCUUUAUGUUGCAUUUACGUAUAUCGCAUUAUAUUCGUAUUAGCUUGCAUCACAAUAUUAAUAUGCUUGUUUAUCAUUAACUAAUUCAUAUUUUUUUUCUAUUUUUAUGUCUAUAAGAUGAGUUAACGGGUAAAAUUCAGUUUCAAUUGACUAUAAAUACGUGAAGAUGACUGAUAUUUUCAACAAUUUUACGUAUUAUACUAAAAACUAACCUAAAUCUUUAUAUUUAUUGUUUUAAUCAUGUUUAAAACAAUUAUUUUCCUAAUUUCAAUAGUUUUCUAUGUGAAUUGUGCUAAAUUACCGCCGUUUAUUACGGCUUGUGCAAAAAAUGACCACGCAUGCGCGCUUGCCUCAGCACAGAAAGCCAUCCCUGAGAUGUUUAAAGGUUAUAAACCUUUCAAAAUCCGCCCGUUAAAUCCGUUUAAGUACGAAAAACUUGACUUAUCCAAAGGGGAUGGCCUUAAAAUACAAUUACUCAACGGAGAAGCAUUGAUAAGUGCAUUUACUUUAACAGAAGCAAAUGUAAAUUCAGACACUAACAAAUGGCAUUUUAAAGCAACUUAUGACGUUGUCGGUGAUUCUGAUUAUGAAGUCAGUGGCAAAUUGAUGAUUAUUCCGGUGGAAGGCAAAGGAAAAUGUCGGAUUGAAAUGGAUAAAGUUGAAAUUGAGUAUUCUGUCAAUUUAAAAGUUGUGGAACGAGAUGGUAAAGAAUAUUACGAGAUUGAAAGCGAUGAGACCAUAGCCAAGAUGGCUGCCGUGCGCAUGCGUUUUGAUAAUCUCUUUAAUGGCGAUAAAGUUUUAGGCGAUAACGUUAAUCUUUUUAUCAAUGAAAACUGGAGGGAAGUGGAACAAGAAUUUCACCCAGGAUUUGUCGGUCUGAUAACUGCAAUGAUACAAGAAGCAGUCAAACCAUUUUUGAAAAAUGUUCCUAUUGAAGAAAUUAUCAUUUAAAAAGUCUAAUUUUUAUUUUAUCAACGCAAAAAUGUGUUUUUUGUGUUUUUGUAUGUUUGUUUCGCUUUAAGGCGAAAGUUACUUAUCCGAUCUUCAUGAAAUUAGGUAGAAAUAUCAACAAAUAUAUCACAAAGAACAUAGGAUACUUUUUAUUACAAAAAAUAUUGCAGGAUGGCGUUAAAAUUUUAAUUGACUACUUUGACACAUAUUAAGUCCAUAAACAAGAAUGUAAUUAAUUUAACUAUUCUUUAAUUAAAAGUCUAAUAUUUAAUAAACACACUGUAUACGACUAGACUUAACCGAAAUAAAAUUAUACGUUUUAGACGA